CAUGACUCUCUCUCUCUCUCUCUCUCUCUCUCUCUCCUAUGGCCCUCCCUCACACUGUGCAGUGGAAAUGUUGCUUCCAGUUCCGGCCUCGACUGACUUCCUAAUUUCAGUCCCUUCGAAGGAAAUUCUCUUUCUAGAAGAGUCCGAAAAGCGGGAACGCUUACAGGGUGUUUCGCCGAGACAGUUCCGGCAUUCUUUCGCCCUCUGCCAGUGGGCGACUCUUCAAUAGAUAGGGGCUAACGUGCGCCCGUAACGCGUUUCUGAUCGCCCCGACCAAAAAGUACAUUUUCACUAUAGUAUCUUCAAGAGCGAUUAAAGUUUAAAAAAAAAUGUCACUGCAGUUCCACCUUUUCGAGAAAUCCCAAGCGCGCACUUCCAGGAAAUCUGGCCGGAGAACAAUGCGUCGGCUUUCCACGGAUCGCGAAAAACAAGAUUGGCCUCGCCGCUCUGUGACGAGCAAAAACGAGUGUCAUUGAAAAAAAACAAAACAAAACAGGUUUUGUCGUUGUCGCGAGGUGAACGCGAGCCUGGGAUUUGAAAUUGGCUUUCGUUUUCACCAGAAGACAACAAAGGGGGGGAUGUCAGCUUGAAUUAUCGCCCGUGGGCAGUCGAGGUCUUUAGACGCCGCGUGCGACUGACCCCGUUGGUUCCCGUUGCUAUGAACCAGCUAAUUCAAACAGAUCCAGCUCGCCCUCGGGGCAGGGCAAUAUGAACAGAGCGCCGGGGGAUUUUGACGGAGCGGUGUGCUGCGAGAAACCACCAUGCGUGUGUGUGUGUGUGUUUUUCCCCGACGCAGGCGUCUGGAUUUCGCUGUGAUCUUGCGCGCGGAGACGGAGCGAAACGGCGCUUUUGAUCCCAGAGCCGCGCGCUUGGAUGCGUCUGUUGCGUGUUGUUUGUCCUAAUCGGGGAAAAAAAAAGAGAUAACGGCGGCUGUGUUACGAGAUAACCGGGUCCUGCCGGGAUGGUUUAGAUGCCGCUGACACAUAAUUUACGGUUGUAAAAGUUGACCUUCAUUACAAAUGGAGAAAACAGCUGGUUCUGUGUGGGAACGGAUGCGUGAAAGUCAGGGAUCUCUUGACAGAGGCAUCAGGCCUCCCAUAAUGAAUGGCCCCAUGCACCCUCGUCCUCUGGUGGCGCUGCUGGACGGUCGGGACUGUACGGUGGAGAUGCCCAUCCUGAAGGACGUGGCCACCGUGGCCUUCUGUGACGCCCAGUCCACCCAGGAGAUCCACGAGAAGGUAUUGAACGAAGCCGUGGGAGCUCUCAUGUACCACACCAUCACCCUGAUGAGGGAGGACCUGGAAAAGUUCAAAGCACUUCGUAUAAUUGUCCGCAUUGGGAGCGGCUUUGAUAAUAUCGACAUAAAGUCUGCUGGAGACUUAGGGAUAGCAGUCUGCAACAUGCCAGCAGCUUCAGUGGAGGAGACCGCAGACUCCACCAUGUGUCACAUCCUGAACCUGUACCGGCGCACCACCUGGCUGCACCAGGCUCUCCGGGAGGGCACGCGGGUCCAGAGCGUGGAACAGAUCCGGGAGGUGGCGUCCGGGGCGGCCCGAAUCAGGGGAGAGACGCUGGGGAUCAUUGGACUAGGGCGUGUUGGACAGGCGGUGGCGCUGAGGGCCAAAGCAUUCGGCUUCAAAGUGAUCUUCUACGACCCGUACCUGUCUGACGGGAUGGAGCGAGCCCUGGGGCUGCAGAGAGUCAACACCCUACAGGACCUGCUCUUCCACAGCGACUGCGUCACCUUACACUGCAGCCUCAACGAGCACAACCACCAUCUCAUCAACGACUUCACCAUCAAACAGAUGCGUCAGGGCGCCUUCCUCGUGAACACGGCGCGUGGAGGUCUGGUGGAUGAGAAGGCUCUGGCCCAGGCUCUGAAAGAGGGCAGGAUACGGGGAGCAGCCCUGGACGUCCAUGAGACAGAGCCCUUCAGUUUCAGCCAAGGCCCUCUUAAAGACGCUCCUAACCUGAUCUGCACGCCUCACGCGGCGUGGUACAGCGAGCAAGCCUCUAUCGAGAUGCGCGAGGAGGCGGCGCGGGAGAUCCGUCGGGCUAUUACCGGUCGCAUCCCAGACAGCCUCAAGAACUGCGUCAACAAAGAGUUCCUCACACAGACUACGCACUGGGCCGGCAUGGACCCAGCCGUGGUGCAUCCAGAGCUCAAUGGAGCCUACAGGUACCCCCCGAGCGUAGUGAGCCUGGCUUCAGGGGGUCUGCCUCCUCCAGUGGAGGGCAUCAUGCCAAGCACCGUGCCCAUCACCCACAGCCUGCCCACCGCAGCCCACCCUCCGCACGCCCCGUCACCCGGCCAAACCGGCAAAGCCGAACCCGAUAGAGAGCAGCACCCCAACGAACAGUUGUAGCCCCCUUUUCAAAGGUCUCUCCGUACCACUAUAGAACUCUCCUGGUCCUUCUUUACCCCAAAGAAGAGGAGCGGAAACAGGCUCCCGGGCUCAGAACCAGCCACUUAAAAACACCCACGACUCCAAAGUAGCCAGCUCUUUGACUGAAGGCGGUGGACUGCGCUCUUUGAAGUAUCUAGUGGGAAAAAACAACAACAACAACAACAAAAAAAAAGAAAAUCUUACGGAUUUCAAACUUCUCCCUGAUGCAAAAUCCUGCUGUUUUAGAUUGUAGUCUGUCCAAGUGCAGUGGGCGAUCUUUUAUCUGUUAUUUUUGUCUGUCUAAUGGGUUUCAUUGUUAAAAACAACAGUAGCUAUUACAUGAAUGUAACCUGUUUGUGUACAGUUUUUAGGACAUGAUCAAUGGUUUGUAGAUGAGAAAAAAAAUACCGAAACCGCAUUAAGGGAGGCAUCCCACCACCUGAUUAUAGAUACGAUAACAAAAAGCAUAUUAGUUUUGCUCGUUCGAUUUUUAAAAGCCCCGAAAGAGGCGGGAUUUGCACACCCUCUCAGGAAAAUUUAUUUCCCCCCCCCUUCCCUUCCUUUUUAAAUUAAACCACAUAGU